AUUAUUUUUAUCGACUUGCAGAGAAAAGAAACAUCACUCUGCAAACAACAGCGGACAUCAUGAGCUGUCACCUGGUGCUGAUGGUGUGUCUCGCGCUCGUGCUGGUGGCGUGUGCCCGCGGCGGGGAGGCGCGUGUCCGUCUGAACUCCAUCAGGACGGUGAUCCUGAGGGAGGGGCACGCGCUGCCGGUCAACCGGAGCACGUGGGAGCCGAGCCUGGACCUCACGCUCUACCAGUGUAUGAGCGACCUGGAGUGCAGCGAGGGCAGCUACUGCCACGCGCCCACCAGAGGCCCCGCCCACUCCCGCUGCCAGACCUGCCGCAGGAGGAAGAGGCGUUGCCAUAGGGACGGCAUGUGCUGCCCCGGCAACCGAUGCAGCAACAAUAUCUGCGUCCCUGAUGAGGACAGCUUCGUGUCUCAGAGGAUCCCCGACUCAGAUGGAGGGAUGAGUCCUCUGGCCAAGAAGAAAGGAUGGAGGAAGAGAGGGAGGAUGGAGGUCAAGGGGCCGUCCAGCAAAGGUCAGGUGGGGGACCCGUGUCUCCGCUCGUCGGACUGCUCGGACGCUCUGUGCUGCGCGCGCCACUUCUGGACGCGGAUCUGUAAGCCGGUGCUGCAGGAGGGCCAGGUGUGCACGCGCCACCGCCGGAAGAGCGCCCACGGCCUGGAGCUGUUCCAGCGCUGCCCCUGCGGCGACGGCCUUAGCUGCCGGACACUACGAGAGCCCGGCGCCAAGUCCUCGUCUUCAUCAUCAUCUUCAUCUCUGCUAGUGGCGGCGGCAAAGUCCAAGCUAGCAGCUUCGUCCUCGUCCUCGUCCCGCCACUCCUCCCCGCACACCUCGCUGCUGUCCUCGUCGGCGGGGAAGUUGGCGGCGUCGCCACCGGUGGCAAAGACCAGACUGCACGUGUGUCAGAAAAACUAAAGAAGAAGAAGAAAGAGUGAAAGACAGAAAGAGGAGAGGAAGGAUAGAGCUCCCUCUGAGCCGGAGGAGGAGCAGAACCGGUUGCUCCUCUAGUAUCCGGAUGCUAACGAGCUUCCUGUCGGGCUGCUUUCACACACAAAGCCAGCGGGAUGUGAAACCGGCGCGGUUUCCUCCUCCGCGUCUAGACGAGCCGAAACCGCUUUGAAAUCCGGUUUGACUCCACUUCCAGCAGCAGGAAGGACAUUAAUAUUAAAGGCUGAUUCAGGUCUUUGGUCCUGUUGUUUCUGUGGAGCCACACAAACCACAAAACACUGAAACCGACAAAAAUAUUCAGAGUAUCAAACACAGAAACAUUGUGCUGAGUGG